ACUGGAGGGACGCAAGUGUAAUUUCACUUUAAAAUAAAAUUUUGUGAAGAAAAAUCUCAAUGGUUACUCCGAACCUUCUUCAUUUGUUCCUUGGGAGAGACAACCUCCGUGCGCUCGCUCCCUCGCUCGAUCAACAUCUUUGCUUCUUCAUUCAGCAGAUCCAUUGAAACCCCAAUUCCAAAUCAAGAACAAGAGAUUAAGCGAGCAAGAGGAAGAAGAAGAUGAGGAGAGUCUUCGGCGCUAAGAAAGAGAAAGAGCCCCCUCCCUCCAUCCAGGACGCCUCCGAACGGAUUAAUAAAAGAGGUGACACCGUGGAUGACAAGAUAAAAAAACUUGAUGCUGAACUUAGCAGAUAUAAAGAACAGAUCAAGAAGACACGACCUGGUCCUGCUCAAGAAGCUGUCAAAGCUCGAGCUAUGAGGGUUCUAAAGCAAAAGCGAAUGUAUGAAGAACAACGUGAUAUGUUGUAUAACCAGACGUUCAACCUUGAUCAAGUUUCAUUUGCUUCUGAGGGAAUUAAAGAUGCUCAACAAACUGUGUCUGCUUUGAAAUCAGCAAACAAGGAGUUGAAGGGAAUGAUGAAAACUGUGAAGAUUCAAGACAUAGAUAAUUUGCAAGAUGAAAUGAUGGAUCUGAUGGAUGUGAGUAAUGAAAUUCAAGAGACUCUUGGUCGAAGCUACAGUGUGCCUGAUGACAUUGAUGAAGAAGAACUCAUGGGUGAGCUUGAUGCUUUGGAGGCAGACAUGGGAAUGGAGACUGAAGCUGAUGGGGUGCCCUCAUAUCUCCAACCUGACAAAGAGUCAGAUCUUGAUUCAGAACUCAACUUGCCUUCAGCUCCAACUGGACAUGCAGCAGCGCCACCAGGCAGAUCCAAUGCGCAGGCCGAGGAUGAAUUGGGUUUGCCUGCUGUACCACGGGCAUCCCUUCGGGGUUAGGGUGGGAGCUGGGAGCGGCCACCGUCGAAGUGGGUUUAUGGCAUAUAUGUUUCCAUUCAUGGGGGCUGAGGCGUGCUGGUGCAAGUUAUUGUAAACAAUUUGUGCAGAAUUUGAUUUUGAUUGACGCAGUUUGUACCUGAUAUUUAGGGGAGUGGAGGAGCUUUGAUCUUGUCAUAAUAAGCACUAUUGCAGACCGAAUUUCCAGAGAAGAAAAAGGUGGGGGCAGGGGGAUAUAAAAAUAGUUUGUCAUUAACUCUGAAAGGCCAAGUUUCAUUAAAGUGGUAUUGAUGGCUCUAUAAGAUCAACAAAUAGACAGGUUUGUCGGCUGCAAA